AUGCUGUUGGUAAAGGUUCUAAUUCUAAGCUGGACUGAGGCUCUUGAGAGAGCAUCCAGAGAUGCAACAAAUCCAGGAGGUUCAGCUCGAGCUCAGCGAGCUCAAGCUGCCCAGGAGGAGCUUCUCCGACAGAAUGCGGAGCUGCGCGCCGAGCUGCAAUCCGCCAAGAAGGCGGCGUCGUUGCACGUGCGCGGGGGUGCCACAGUGACAGAUGCACCAGUGCAGACAUUGCUCCAGUCGCUGGAGCAACUUGAGCCCCUGCUGGCUGCCAUGCCGGCUGGUCCUGGUGUCAUCGAGUUGCAGGAAGAGGCUUGUGAGGCAUAUGGGCGCUUACGAGGAGCUUUGCUGGAGGCCGCAGCCAUUCCAGAGGUGCCUUCUUGGCCAGGAGACCCAGGCAGGUCUGCAAGCUCCUGGUCUGGUUCAGAAAUGCCGUAUGCGGCAGCACCAUGCGCUGAUCGCUGGCCUAGAACGCAGCUGGAGCCGGUCGCACGGCCAGGUGCUUACCAACAACGGCUUGGACCACACGUGCCACCAUUGCCGAGGUCUGGACCCUUCCGCCCGCAUGGCCAGCAUUAG